GCGGGGCGGGUUCAGGUGCCGCGCUGCGCGGGACGGACGCGGCGGGCGAGGAGGCGGUCACGCUGCGACGUCGGCGGCGUGAGGCUUCGCGCGUCAGUCGCGCGGGCGCGGGGCCUGGCCGAAGAACAGGUAGUCAACACGGGCCCGAGCGGAGGCAGGUCGCGGUGAGCGCGGCGUUGAGGUUCCCGGGCCAUGGAGGACCCGCAGCCCCUGCCCCAGCCCGACCUGCCGCUGUGCGACAGCCUCAUCAUCUGGCUGCAGACGUUCAAGACUGCCUCGCCUUGUCACGAUGUCAAACAGCUGACUAAUGGAGUUACCAUGGCGCAAGUUCUUCAUCAAAUUGAUGUAGCUUGGUUCAAUGAAUCUUGGUUAAGCCGAAUUAAAGAUGACGUUGGGGACAACUGGAGAAUAAAGGCUAAUAACUUAAAGAAGGUUCUCCAAGGAAUUAUGAGUUAUUACCAUGAGUUUUUGGGGCAGCAGAUUUCUGAAGAACUUAUCCCUGACUUAAACCAAAUAACUGAAUGCUCAGAUUCUGUGGAACUUGGGAGAUUGCUUCAACUUAUUCUGGGUUGUGCAGUCAACUGUGAAAAGAAGCAAGAACAUAUUAAAAAUAUAAUGACACUGGAAGAAUCUGUUCAGCAUGUGGUCAUGACUGCUAUUCAGGAGUUGAUGAGUAAAGAAAUCGUAAGCUCUCCUACAAGUGACACUGUUGGAGAAUUAGAACAGCAGCUUAAAAGGGCUUUAGAAGAGCUUCAAGAAGCCAUAGCGGAAAAGGAAGAGCUGAAGCAGAGGUGCCAAGAGCUAGAUAUGCAGGUGACUGCACUUCAAGAUGAGAAGCAUUCACUGGUUUCUGAGAAUGAGAUGAUGAAUGAAAAGCUUGACCAGCUGGAUGGCUCUUUUGAUGAUCCCAAUACAGUGGUUGCAAAGAAGUAUUUUCAUGCACAAUUACAACUAGAGCAAUUGCAAGAAGAAAACUACAGGCUUGAAGCUGCAAAAGAUGAUUAUCGUGUUCACUGUGAAGAACUUGAAAAGCAGCUGAUUGAAUUUCAGCAUAGGAACGAUGAGCUGACGAGCCUUGCUGAAGAAACAAGAGCGCUGAAAGAUGAGAUAGAUAUUCUUAGGGCUGCCUCAGAUAAGGCAAGUAGACUGGAGUCAGUAGUUGAGGGUUAUCGACAGAAGCUACAGGAUCUAAAUGACCUUCGCAAGCAGGUGAAAUCUUUACAGGAAACAAAUAUGAUGUAUAUGCACAACACAGUCAGCUUAGAAGAAGAGCUGAAGAAGGCAAAUGCGGCACGCACACAGCUCGAGACAUACAAGCGCCAGGUUCAGGAUCUUCAUGCUAAGCUUUCUUCUGAAUCCAAAAGGGCAGAUAUACUAGCGUUUGAAAUGAAGCGGCUUGAAGAAAAGCAUGAAGCUUUACUCAAGGAAAAAGAGAGGCUGAUAGAACAGCGUGACACUUUGAAGGAAACCAACGAGGAGCUGCGGUGUUCGCAGGCACAGCAGGAUCACCUGAACCAAGCUGAUGCAUCUGCUACCAAGAGUUAUGAGAACCUCGCCGCUGAGAUGAUGCCCGUGGAAUACAGAGAGGUGUUCAUCCGAUUGCAGCAUGAGAAUAAGAUGCUUCGCCUGCAGCAGGAGGGUACUGAGAAUGAGCACAUUGAGAAGCUGCAGGAGCAGCUGGAGCAGAAGCAGCGCAGGACGAAUGAGCUGGAGACUGAGCAAAGGCUCAGCAAAGAACGCAUCCGAGAGCUGCAGCAGCAGAUUGAGGACCUUCAGAAGUCCUUGCAGGAGCAUGGCUUCAAGGCUGAAGGCGAAAGUUCCAGCAAACUAAAGCAGAAGUUGGAAGCUCAUAUGGAAAAACUAACAGAAGUCCAUGAAGAACUACAGAAGAAACAAGAGCUUAUUGAAGAGCUUCAGCCAGAUAUAAAUCAAAAUGUCCAAAAGAUCAGUGAACUUGAGGCUGCUCUUCAGAAGAAGGAUGAAGACAUGAAAGCAAUGGAGGAAAGAUAUAAAAUGUACUUGGAGAAAGCCAGAAAUGUAAUAAAAACUUUAGAUCCCAAAUUAAAUCCGGCAUCAGCUGAGAUAAUGUUACUUAGAAAGCAGCUGGCAGAGAAGGAGAGAAGAAUUGAAAUUCUGGAGGUAAACCUCUGUGUUUGUUGCUUAGCCACUCUGGUAUCCUGGGAAUUAUCUUCUGUCAUAUAUUUGCCAUUAAUGAGCAGGUUUCAGAAAACCUUCAUUAACGAUGGCAUGAUCCUGCUAAUUAGCUGA